CCUUCUCGCGGUGUUCACGGAACGACAUCGCACUCUCUGUCCGCGAUCACGGGGACGAGAAGUUUGACCCCGUUAAGUCGGUUUCGCGUCUCUGACACCUGUUGAGUACAGUUGUAAUUCGCGACCGCGGCGUGUACAUUGGGUAGGUAAUUUUAUCCACUCAUUAAUCGUAUAUACGCACGCAUUUGCAUUCCGUAAUAUGACGACGGUAUGAAUAAAAGUGGUUUAUAAGUAAAUUGUUAGUAAAAUUAAAUACAACAAUAUAAUAUCAUCUUCGCCGGAUGACGACCGUAUCGCCACCGUCAUGUUCGUAAUCGCGGAUCGCGUGCAUCAUUGCCAAUCGUCGUGUCGUGUUUUUUAAAAACCCCACACACUCCGCGAUAAUUAAUUGAUAAUAAUAUAUAAAAUAGUUUAAUUUAAAUUCAAUUUUAUGUAAAAUCCUCGCGUAUUGUACGAUAUCAGUUAGUAUCGAAAACUAGUGGAUUGGUAGCUCCGUCGUCGAACAGACCGUGUCGUGUACAUUGUUUUUUUACGUCACUAAAAUAUUAUAAUCUAAUAAUAAGCGUCGUCGUCGGUCCGGUCCAGUGAGAUUCGGUGCGGACUAGUUGAAAACUCGAAAGAGUUUCGUGUACGCGAUCACCACUCAUCAAUUGUCGGUCACCUAAACCUAGGUAUAUAGUAUUAUUGUACACACCGGCCGAGUAAUCAGCAACGGGCAAUGCCUCGAGACGGAGCAAAAGGCAAACAUCAAUUUAAACGGCGGUUCAGCCUACAGCCGUCAUCGUUUUUCCGCGAUGAUUCACUGUCGUCAAGUCACUCGAUCGCUAGCGGCAGCGUUGAGGGCGGUCACCACCAUCACGACCAGCUGCAACCACCAUCGUCGUCGUCCGACCCGGCUGACGUGACACGGCACAAGAUCGUGGUGAUGGGCGCGGCGCGGGUGGGCAAGUCGUCGCUGAUCACGCAGUUCCUGUACCGGAAAUUCUCGUCCAAGUACAAGCGAACAGUGGAGGAAAUGCACCACGGCCAGUUUACGGUGGACGGCGUGAAAAUCGACCUGGACAUACUGGACACUUCCGGCGCGUACGAGUUUCCGGCCAUGCGCGCCCUGUCCAUAUCGUCGGCGGACGCUUUCGUGCUGGUCUACUCCGUCACCGACCCUGAUUCGUUCCAGCAGGCAGCCGCCAUCAGAGAUCAGAUCAUCGACACCAAGCACACGGCAGACGUCCCGAUCGUGGUGGUCGGCAACAAGCUGGACUUGGCCAAUUCCGACCGGAAGGUGCCGUACGAGGAGACUUCGUGCCUGGUGGAAGUGGACUGGGAAAACGGUUUCGUGGAGACGUCCGCAAAGGACAACAUAAAUGUGGGCGAAGUAUUCAAGGAACUAUUGAACCAGGCUAAGAUCAAGUACGACCUGGGCCCGUCGUUGCGGCGGAACUCGGCGCGAAGACAGUCGUUGCCGUCCGGCGGCGGUUCGGGCCAGGGGUCGAUGGUGCCCACGCCGGCGCAACUUGCUCACCUGCAGAAAAAGGCGAGCGGCAAAGACGACAGCGGCGGUGGCGGUGGAGGUGGCGGCGGUGGAGGGAGAUCGAAGCGCAACUCGUGUUCGAUAUCAUAAGAAAAAAUAAUUUUUUAAAAUAAGACAAAACAUCAAACGAAAAAUUAUAACUACCACUGCUGUACAGGGUGUGUGUAGGAAGGUCAUAAUUAUUAUAUUCGUAUAUGCCCAACUACGACUGCAUUCUAUACAAUAGGUACUCAAAUACCACCAUUAAAUACAUAACUAUAUAUAUCACUAAUCCAGACGACUACAAUAAUUACUAAUUACUAUUACUAAUUACUACCACUACUUCUUCUAACUAUAAAACUAUUUCUAUAACUACAAUACUGCAGCCCCUGCUAUAAUUAUAUUAGUUAUUACCGUAAGCCGCAACACGCCCCGUGACGGAAAAAUUCUAAAUAAAUGAAAAUAUUUUAAAACAAACAUAAAAAAACAAAUGAACUUAACUCGAACUUAAUUCGUAGGUACCAACACUCGGAGAGUUUAUCGGUGGUGGUUACUGAAUAUUAUAAUAUGCUGAUUAUUAGUAUAUCUAAAUUUAAAAAAAUAAUGCGGAUAUAAUGUUUUAUUAUUAUUACCUAUUAUUAUUCUUGUUAUUAUUAUUACACCGCUGUAGAUCGAUUUUUUUCGUUACUUUACUGGACGUAUGAUUUGACUUGUUUAAAUUUAAUUAUAAACUAUAUAACUCAUUCGGCUAAUUAUAGGCCAUAUUUAAAGUUUUAAAUGUUUAUGGUUUAUUCGAGAGUAAAUCUAAUGUUAGCUGUGUAAUAUAUUAUUGUUAAGUACUGUACUUAUAUUUACCUGCCUAAUUCAAGGGCGGCGAGGAUUGCUUAUACAAGGGAGCUAUAAAAAAAAAUUACCACUUCUAAUAAAAACGAUAAUUUAUAUAUUUAUUUAGUAGACGAGAAAAAACUCUUAAGUGUUCAAUUUUCAGGUUCGCGGUGGUAAGAAUGUACGAUGUAAUUAAUAAACAUAGGAACCUACGUGUAUUCGAGUUUUCGAGACAAACCAUCAGAGCCUUUUGGAUUUUUUUUGUCUGGAUCGAAAGAUUAAAACGAAAAACAUAUACCUCACCAGACCCGGGUAGAAACUGCCGGUAAAGUCCCUCUCGAAACGACACAUCUGCUGAUUAUAUACACAUCGUAGUAUUGUCCAAACUUCGCUUUCGACUACACAGCGAGUAUGAGCGCAUAUAUAGUGCACCCGCGGUAGCUUCCGGUUUUCCGUCGCCCGUGAGACGAGUGAAAAACGAAAAAAGGAAAUUCUCUUUAUCUCAUCCACGCAGAUGGUUUUUACACGUACUUCGAGACUUACCUGAAAAGGAUUUCCAGACUGGAAGUUUUCAGAGCUAACAAAACUUGUAAAUUGUAGAUUAGUCGCAAAAUCAACUGCUUCUACUUCGUCUCUCUAUCGAGUCGGAAAAUUUCAUCCUAAAAGUACACCGCGUCAACAGGAAGGUUUCGGCUCGUCCACAGCGUCCAUCGUCGUCCGAUAACCGUGCGAAUCGUUCCUAUAGUCUGUAUUUCUCUGUCGGAAAUACAUCAAUCUAUUUAUUUGUAUUUUAAUUUGUUUCAUUAUUUUAAAAUUUGCACUGUAUAUUAUUCUGAUACGAUGUGUAACCCUGGCUUUUUUCGGAGGAUGUCACAUCCGCGUGUGCUACCACCAUUACCUCUCUUGUACGUUCACAAUAAUACAUUUUACUCUGUAAAUUCUAAAAUUAGAAUUAAUUGACCAGUUCUAAAAUGUAAGGGUAUGAUUAUUAUCAAGGAGGUUUUUAUUGAUAUUUGUAUUAAGCAGCAAAUUAUGACUUUUUUAAAACUUCAAAUCGUUUGUACAUUUUAAAAUGAUCUAAUGUUUAUAAGUUACUUAAAAAUAAUAAUAUCAAUAAAAUUCUCCAAGCAGUCCGAGAUUCCAUGGAUAAUAAUUUUACAUUUAAAAUGCAUCAUGGACCAUUGUAAUUCGCUCUAAUUUUAAAUAAAACAGAGUAAAGUGGAUUAUUGUUAACUUAAAAUUUGUUAUGUUGUACAUUUAUAAGACAGACACUACAUGCGGGUGUCCUUAAGAAGAUUUAGAAGAUUUAAAAGUCUAUUUUAAUAAUACCAACUACCUACAUAGAAAUAAAAAUCUAAAACAAACAUUAUUAAUAUAAGACUAAAAGAAAAUGAUAAUAGGUAGAGGUACAUGACGUAUUAUUUGGUGGUAAAAGACAGUUUUUAUGAAAGCUGAAAGUGCGGUUAAUAUCUCGAAUUUGGUGGAAACGUGCAUCGUCCUCAGCAUGGCAGACUUAUUUUGUUGGAAACUUUGUGUUUUUUUUAUCACAAUUGACACCCCGAUUAAAAAACCGUUUGUAGGUAAGAUAUCACCACAAUAUAAUAUUGUAAUAUUAGUCGAUACUAAUAUACGUAGACUUACUGCUCGAUUCUUCAGUACCGGUCAUUGAACAUAAUAGAGGUAUUAUUUAUUUAUUAAAAUUGAAACGUGUACAUACAUUAGAUCAGUAGCGUGCCUAGAAAUUUUCAAUUUGUGCGGUAAGAGAUGUUAUAAGUAACUAUACAUUUUAAAUGAGUUGUGUUGGUAUAGUACCAAAGACACAAAUAAGGUGAUUUAAGGCAUAAUGGUGGGGUGGGUGAAUAUAACCCCUAACCUUCCACCUGGGCACGUCACUGCAUUAUAGAUACGUAUGCGCAACAUUUACAAUAAUAUCUAUAAAAAUAACUACCCCAAAAAAAAAUAAAUACUAAUCCGAAGGCACUGCAGCUGUGAUGUAGAAUAAUAAAUAAUAAUUAGUUACAUGCUGUAUAGCUACAUGGAGUCGAUAAUAAUAUCAUUAUCGUGUUAUACGCAUACCCGAGUCGUAUUCCAAACUCUGUAUUAUUACUUAUACAUAUAAGUAAUGUAUGUACGUUAUACUUUCGUUUAAAAACGUAGAACGCAUUAUACGUGCACAAAGCCGCAAAGGUAUCGUGGCUACGUACCACGGGCGUGCUGCAGGUAUUAACCGAACGCAUUUAUUAAAACAUAUUAUAUAGGUGGCCACCGUAUAGUCCUACCCGUGUACAUGCGACCGGAUUACAUUCUGCGAAUCGGGUUUAAACGGUUUUUAUACGAUAUUAUACACCCCUGUUGAAUAAAAAUAUGUGCACAAACACGUAUGAUUAUGGUGUUAUUUAGAUACCUAGGUAUCCGAUGUCCCGGGCCGCAUAUAUAGGUAUUAUAACGCGGUGGUUUUAAAGUCGGAAACGUUUCAUUAUUUUCAGCUGCGACUUUUAUUAAAUCAACGAAUUACUCUUUUACCGUGUGCUCGCGCUAGCCUCUGCGUAAUUAACUUAACGAGUUACUUUUUACAGCGACGUGUACGAUGUGACGCAUAACCUAACCUGUAUAAUAAGUAUAAUGAAUUAUUUUUUAACGUGACAAACAAUCUCGUUGCGAGUAGGUCCCUGCCCAACUCGAGAGUUAAAUUUUACUUUUUCGCCGUGAGAAAUUAUUAUACGCACCUUCCUAUUCGCGGUUUAAUACGUGUUUCUAAUAUAUUAUACAGUUUGACCGUGGUAAAAAAAAACACUUCGCAGCAUGACCUGAAAUUUUCAUAAAAAAAAAUAAAAAAAGGUUUAAUCGUCAAAAUAAAUUUUGUAUGAUAGAAUAUAAAAAUAACAAUUUAAGUAGAUUUCGAAGUUAAAAUGCAAAACAUCGUAAAUUCUAUACCGAAUAUACUUUUAUAAAUAUUAAUACAAUAUACCAAAGUAAAUAUUAUACAUAGGUACCUUCAUAAAUUAUUUAUUUUACAAAUCUACAACUAUUUCUACAUAAAUUCUGCUUUUAUCGCAUUUACAUUGAAGUGUAACUGUGUAAGUGACUUCACUGCAAAUACGAUAUAAUAUAUACGUAAUACCUGGUUACACUGUUCACACAGCAGCCAAGAGUCUGUGACCGCGAGUUCAUUGUCAAAUACAAUCAUAACUACACCGUCUACACCUAUCUAAUUCUAAAUCAAUAUAAGUAUACACCUAUCUGCCUUAAUACGAGUAAUUAUAUUGAUAAUUAAUAUAAACAUUGAACUUUCCAUCACUCAUAGUGGUGGUGAUGAUGAGUGAUUACUGAUUUAUGAAUUUGGUUAUUGUGCCAUUGUGUUAUGGGCUGGUCAGGUUACUGAUAUGUUUUCGGCGUCGGGCAAAAUAAAAAUAACCUAAUUUAGACUCAAGUGACUAGUACAUAAAACAACGCACGAAAAUAUCCAUAAAUAUUUGUCGAAAAAAAAUUAUGCAGGUUAUGGUUGACUUAAAAAUAUACGAGUAGCAGUGCAAUGUGGACCCUGUGCUGAAAAAUGUAAGAGAUUUUAAGGACGGGCAUGUUAACGGAAUGUCUUUUUUUAUUAGUGUAAGGGAUAUUGGGUAGGGACUGGGGGGAGAGUGGGGUUUAUAAAUAUAAUAUGAUGUUUCAAUAAUUAGUUUAAUAUUUUGUUAUUUUAUUACUUAAUGUACAAGUGUGUAUCAAUAACAGAGCUAUAUUAUCUAUAUUAUGUGUGUAAUGUGUCAUGUGGGUGUUAUUAUAUAAGUACCUAGUUAUUAGUUAAGACUUGAGACAUAAUUCAUUUUUAAUAUUAAAUAAUGAGAAGUUUACCUGUCUUACUUGCUUUGAAAAUCUGGUUGUAUCUAAUCAUCAGGGAGGAAAUGAAAAAAGUAA